UAUAGACUCUACGGUAUUAUAGGGCAGCAGUAGUUCAGAGAACAUCAGAAUUGUGCCAACGGCGAUUGAGAGGAAGGGGUUCCCUGAAAGGCUGCAGCCAUGGAGGGUCUAGCAGCAAAGAGGAAGCAGGCGGAUGGAGUGGCUGAUCAGGCAAAGGCCCCCGGGCCCCCCGCUAAAGUGCAAGCUGUCGGAAGUGUUCCGUUGAUAGCCCCCCCGUGCACACACGAAGUGGCUUUGCCCUCGGAUUACCAGCCCCCUGACGGUGAAAGAGAAGCGGGGUUAGGCGACAUUCAUCACCCUCAGUAUAGUGGGCCCAUGGCCAAAGAGUUCCCUUUCAAACUAGACGCAUUUCAGCAGAUGUCCAUCUCGUGCCUCGAGCGGCGGGAGUCGGUGCUCGUGUCAGCACACACGUCAGCGGGUAAAACGGCGGUGGCGGAGUAUGCCAUAGCGAUGGCGUUCCGGGACAAGCAAAGAGUGAUAUAUACCUCGCCGAUCAAAGCGCUGAGCAACCAGAAGUACAGGGAAUUGGAGACGGAGUUCGGGGACGUGGGGCUGAUGACGGGGGACGUGACAAUCUCCCCCAAUGCUGGGUGCAUCGUGAUGACCACCGAGAUCAUGCGGAGCAUGUUGUACCGGGGGUCGGAGGUCAUGCGCGAAGUGGCAUGGGUCAUCUUCGACGAGAUCCACUACAUGAAGGACCGCGAGCGCGGCGUGGUUUGGGAGGAGAGCAUCAUCUUCCUCCCGCCGGCCGUCAAAAUGGUCUUCUUGUCUGCCACCAUGUCCAACACCACCGAGUUUGCCGAGUGGAUCUGCGCGGUGCACAACAAGCCCUGCCACGUGGUCUACACCGACAGGCGGCCCGUCCCGCUGCAGCACUACGCAUUCCCGGUUGGGGGGGCGGGGCUGUACCUCGUCGUGGAUGAGAAGGGCAACUUUCGGGACGAGAACUUUACGAAGCUCUUGGCGACCUUUGGAAAAGACAAGGACGGCGAGCUGGGCAGCAAGCUGGCCAACGGGGGCAAGAUCACGGACCGGCCGCCGCCCAAGCGGAAAGGGGCCCCCGAGAAAACGGAGAACAAAGAUAUCAUCAAGAUCAUCAAGAUGAUCAAGGAGCGGCGGCUACACCCAGUCAUCGUUUUCAGCUUUGCGCGGCGUGAGCUGGAGUUAUUGGCGGCUGACGUGGCCCACAAGCUGGACUUCAGCACCGCCGAAGAGGCGGAGAACAUCGAACAGGUCUUCAACAGCGCCAUCCAGUGCUUGAGCGAGGAGGACCGCGCGAUCGACGCGGUGGCUGGCGCGCUGGGCAUGCUCAAGAAGGGCGUGGCGAUCCACCACUCGGGGCUGCUGCCCAUCAUCAAGGAGAUUGUGGAGCUGCUCUUCCAGGAGGGCCUCGUCAAAGUGCUCUUCGCCACAGAAACGUUUGCGAUGGGCCUGAACAUGCCGGCCAAGACGGUGGUCUUCACACAGGUCCGCAAAUGGGACGGCGAGGGCCACCGCUACAUGUCCUCCGGUGAAUACAUCCAAAUGAGCGGCCGCGCGGGGCGGCGCGGGAAGGACGAUAAAGGCAUAACCAUUACCAUGGUGGAUGACCAAAUGGACAUGCCCACGUGUAAAGAGAUGAUGCUGGGGCGGCCCGCGCCGCUGGAGAGCACGUUCAAGCUGAGCUACUACACGCUGCUGAACCUGAUGAGCCGAGCGGACGGGCAGUUCGGCGCGGAGCACGCGAUCCGCCACUCCUUCCUGCAGUUCCUCCACGAAAAGAAGCGGCCCAAGCUGGAGGCCGACGCCGCCGAACUGGAGCGCCAGUCGGCGGCGAUUGUGGUGCCCCCCCCUGAGUCCGCGGACAGCUACAAGAAGCUGCGCGUCGAGAUCGCGGCGCUGGAGAAGCUCAUAAUGGCCGAGGUCCUGCGGCCGGACCGGUGCCUGCACUUCAUGCGCCCGGGCCGGCUCAUCCAGGUUCACGACGGAGUCGACGAGUGGGGCUGGGGCGUCGUCGUUUCGGUGGUCAAGCGCACGCCCCCGGCAGCGAACGUGAUGCGGAACGGUUCGAUACCCGCCCCGGCAGAGUCCUACAUGGCCGACACGCUGCUCUACUGCGCGCCGGACAGCGGGAGAGUAGACCGGAGUCGACGGCCGAAACCGCGGCCGUGUUCCCCGGAGGAGGAGGGCGAGAUGCAAGUGAUCCCCGUGCAGUUGACGCAGAUCACGGCGGUCAGCUCGCUGCGCGUGACGCUGCCGGGCGACUUGCGGCCCGCGGAGGCGCGGCGCAUGGUGCUACAACAAGUGCGCAGUAUGGAGCAGCGCUUCCCGGACGGCCUGCCUCGGUUGGACCCCAUCGAGGACAUGGGCAUUCGGGACGACGCGUUCCUAGACGCGGUGCAACAACUGCAGGACAGGGAGACAGAGCUGCUGGAACACCCGCUUUUCAAGUCUGGCAGCGAGGCGGAGACGUACGCGGCGAUGCAGAAGAAGGCGCAGCUGGACGCGGAGGCCGCCAAGCUCAAGCUCCAAACCACCGCGGACUCGCAGCUGCACCUCUUCCGCGACGAGCUGCGCAACCGCGGGCGCGUGCUGAAGCGGUUGGGCCACAUAAACGGCGACGGCGUGGUGCAGCUGAAAGGGCGCGCUGCGUGCCAGAUCGACACCGCGGACGAGCUGCUGGUCACGGAGCUCAUGUUCAACGGCGUCUUCACGCGCCUCGACGCGCACCAGAUCGCGGCCGUCGCCAGCUGCUUCAUGCAGAUGGAGAAGUCCAACAAACAGGUAAAUUCGAUCAAGGAGCUGCACGAGCCGCUAUCGGCGCUGCGCGAGACUGCGGCGCACGUGGCGACGGUUCAGGAGGAGUGCAAGAUCGAGAUCGACGUCGACGAAUAUGCCGACAGCUUCAAGCCCUUCCUCAUGGACGCAGUCUACGCCUGGUCCAAGGGUGCCAAGUUCUCUGAAGUAAUAAAGCUGACGGACAACUUCGAGGGGAGUCUAAUACGAGCAAUGCGGAGGCUAGACGAGCUGCUGAACCAAUUACGAACAGCAGCCAAGACUAUCGGGGACGAGAACCUGGAGGAGAAGUUCCAAACGGCCAGCGACAGUAUACGACGAGGCAUCGUCUUUGCAAACUCUUUGUAUGUAUGAUACGCAAUUCCUGGGGAGGACUGUUCAAGAGAGUAUAUAAGAUUGAUUGUCCAACUGAAGCGUAGUAGCCGGAACUUGAAGCCCGUGCACGCUAGCCGCCGGCGCCCAGGCGCAGUCAAU